AUGGAAUUUGGUGUUGGAACAUUAGGAAAUGGAUUUUUAGAUGAUCAUAAACAUUUUAUUUUACCAUUAUUUGAAACUGUACUAAGAUUACCAGGUCCACUUUUACUUGAAUUAUGGUGGAGAAAAAAAAAUAUGAAUUUUACACAAAUUACAGAGGAUGUUUUUAAUAAUGAAUCAUUACAAUAUUUAGAUUCAACACGUAUAUUAGAAUUUGUUCAUUCUAGAAAUUUAGAUGAUUCAGUUGCUGUUAUGUUAAGCUAUUCAAUUUUAUUUAUAUGUGGAGUAAUAUUAUUAAUACCAUUAAGAAAAUUAUUUACAAUUUAUACACAUUUAAGUUCAUUUAUGUUAUUUGCUUUUGGAUAUUAUAUGUCAUCAUGUUAUAUUGAGGGUGAACAAAAUUCUGAAAAUGAUAGUUUAAGAUUAGAUUCAUUUGUCAAACUGGAAAGACAUGGUUCAUAUAUAGCUGCACAAGUUGCAUUAGCAGUUUUUCAAUCAUGUUUAUUAAAAUUAACAUCAGAUUUUGAAAUACCAAUAUUACCAAUUUAUGUAUUACCUAUUUUUGGAAGAAUGUGUGGUGUUCCUAAAGAUUCACUUAUUGUUUUACAUAAUAUUUCAUGUUGUAUGAAUUUUCUUAUUAUAUGUGGUUUUAUUUAUUAUAUAGUACCAUUAUUAAAUAGAGAAAUAAAAAAUGGUUUAAAAAAAGUUAGAACAAUAAUAAUUGUUAGAGGUAUAGGAUAUGGUGCUGUAAUGAUAUUUAAACGUUUAAGAUUAAUACAAUUAUUAACUACAUCAUGGAUAACAAUGCUUAUAACAAAAAUGGUAUAUGAAUAUUAUGGUAAAGAAAGAUCUAUUGAUGAUUUAGGAUCAGCAUUAAUAGCAACAAUUGCUGAUUGUACAUGUACACCAAUAUCACUUUUAUCAUUAGCUUUAACAGUAUCACAAAUAUGUAAAUUAAUUGUUGUUGGUAUACAAUAUGUUAUAUUUAAUAAUGAAAGAGGUAUUGAAAGAGAGGGACAUCAAGGAUAUACAGAAGCAUUAACAUUAUUACUUCUUUGUGCACAAGCUGGUUUACUUGGAAUGAAAACUGAACAAAAAACAUUUAUGUUAACAUUAGUUUUAUUUAUAGUAUUAUCAGCAUUAUUUCAAAGUCUUUAUAAUCUCUUAGAACCACAAAUGUUAGCAUUAGCAUCCUCAAGGAGUGCCACAAAAUUUCGCCACAUAAAAAGUUUAAUCUUUUCAUUUAUUUUAGCAAUAUCACCUAUAAUUAUGUCUUUCACAUUAAUGGAUAUUUUACCAAUAGAUUUAUGGUGUGUAAUAAUUGUAGCAAAUUGUACAUUAACAUCAAUACGUACAAUAUCAACAAUUAUAAUUUAUUUAUUAACAGUUAUUGAAAAUAAGGCAAUGGAACCAUGGGAAUUAUUAGAUGAUUUAAUAUUUUUUUGUAGAACGUUAACAAGAUUUUUAGAAUUAUUUUUGGCAACAUUUGUUGUAUUACAUGGUAUAUUUGCAUCAUUUUAUGGAUAUUGGAGUACUAUAUCAAUAACAAUUAUGACAUUUCAUACAUAUUUUAAUGUUUAUAAAAAUACUCAAACAGGUAUAGCUACAAUAAAGGCAAGAUUUACAGCUGUAAAUAAAAUUAAACAAUUACCUAAAAUUAGUGGUAAAAAAUUAGAAGAAUGUGAAGAUUUAUGUGCAAUAUGUUUUAUGGAAAUGAGACGUGAAGCAAGAAUAACACCAUGUAAACAUGUAUUUCAUGGAUAUUGUUUAAAAAAAUGGAUGUUUGUAAAAACUGUUUGCCCUUUAUGUUAUAACUCUUUAAGUUCAAAAGAAGAAGCUGAAAUGAUUGAAGGUAAUGGUAAUGAUGGUGAAUUACAACGAUUAUUAGCUGGACAGAAUCCUAUUAAUCAAAAUAAUAUAAAUAUCAACAAUUUAAAUAUGUCAAAUAGUGAAAGAUCAUCUUCUAUUUCAUCUGAUGAUUCCUCUGAAGAUUCAAUGACUGACUCCAGUGAGACUGGUGUUAAUUUAGAUACAAUGAUGUUAAAUAGUAAUGUUGGUCAACGAAUGUAUUUUAAUGCUACAGCUACAAUGGAUGAUUGGGAAAGUGAGUGA